UAAAACUUCUUAGGAGGUAUAAAAGGUCGGCUGCCCUGUCUGGCAGGUGCUCUGCUGACAGCAGCCUUCCUCCUACGGCUCAGCUCCUCACACAGACCCAAGGAAAAGAGAACAGUAACAAGGAAAAUCCGUCCACAAUGCCACAAAAUGUUGUUCUCCAAGGACCGUCACCCUGGGGAUUCAGGCUCUCAGGAGGAAUAGAUUUUAACCAACCCUUAAUCAUAACCAGGAUUACACCUGGAAGCAAGGCUUCAGCCGCCAACCUGUGCCCUGGUGAUGUUAUUAUAGCUAUUGAUGGUCUAGGCACAGAGAACAUGACACAUAAUGAUGCCCAGGAGAGAAUCAAAGCAGCUACACAUCAGCUUUCUUUGAAAAUAGAGAGGGCAGGAACUAAAUUAUGGUCCCCACAAGUUGCAGAAGAUGGCAAAGCACAUCCCUUCAAGAUAAAUUUGGAAGCUGAACCUCAGGAAUUCAAGCCUAUUGGUACAGCUCACAACAGAAGGGCCCAGCCUUUUGUUGCAGCAGCAAAUAUUGAUGACAAAAGACAGGUAGUGAGCUCCUCCUAUAACUCUCCAAUUGGGCUCUAUUCAUCUGGCAAUAUUCAAGACGCGCUUCAUGGACAACUGAGGGGUCUCAUUCCUAACUCAGCGCUAAACGGAUGCAGCACUCCCUCGGGGCUGGACUGCGGCAGCGGGCGCAGCACGCCCUCCUCCAUUAGCACCGUCAGCUCCAUCUGCCCCACGGAGCUCAAGGCCGUGUCCAAGAUGGCCCCCAAUGUGCCCCUGGAAAUGGAGCUCCCCGGUGUCAAGAUUGUACACGCCCAGUUUAACACACCCAUGCAGUUGUACUCAGAUGACAAUAUCAUGGAAACACUGCAAGGCCAAGUUUCUACAGCUCUGGGGGAAACACCUGUCAUAAGUGACCCAUGUCCCAACUCAGUGUGUCAGUCUGACGUGUACAAGAUGCUGCACGCCAACCAGGAGGAGCCCAGUCAGCCGCGCCAGUCUGGCUCCUUUAAGGUGCUCCAGAAUUUAGUCUCCGAGGAAGAUGGGCGCCCUGUGGGAACAAGAAGUGUGAAAGCACCUGUAACAAAGAUACCUACUGCCAUGCCUGGUGUCCAGAAAGUGCCACAGUGUGACAAAUGUGGGAGUGGGAUUCUAGGGACAGUGGUGAAGGCACGUGAUAAAUACCGGCACCCGGAGUGCUUUGUGUGCUCUGACUGCGAUCUGAACCUGAAACAAAAGGGCUACUUCUUUGUGGAGGGCCAGCUCUACUGUGAAGCUCACGCCCGCGCCCGCAUGAGGCCACCAGAGGGAUACGAAACAGUCACGGUUUACCCCAAAUGCUAGUCCUAGGGUAACACACACAUGUAUGCAUGCACACACAAAGCCUUUACCAGCUUAGAACUGCAGUACGAGUGUCAGGACUUCUGCCUAAGCCCAAAGUAGCAGCUUUUAAACCUUUCCCUGUGGGAUUCUGAGACAGGGAGAAGUCCUUGUUAGCCAGCAAUAGAUUAUUAUACCAGCAAAAUUCUGCUAAAAUAUUGGUUUUGAAACUGUCAAUAUAACUCAAGGAAGUUUAAACUAAAAAAGCUCUCCAGAACACAAAAAGUGAAUCAGCUGAGGUAUUACAUCAAUGCUACAGCAUUAUGUACACACAUAUAUCUAUUACAUACAUAAGUGCUGUAAGCAAGACAUUACUUUUAACUUAAAUUAGGUAUUUGUGCAAACACCAACGCCAUCAAAGUCUUACAGGGCUGCUAUAAAUGUAGAAACUUGACAGAUUAGAAAAGCAUCAAUUGUACAUGUUUAGUACAAAACAAGCAGUUGUUCAUGUCUGCUAUUAUUCAACUAUCAUUAAUGUAUGCCCCAAACAUGUUUUGCUUACUUUGCUCUGAAUUUGGGGUUAUAGUACCUUAAUUUUCUGACGCAGCAAUGUGAUAAAAAAUAAAUGUCAAGUCACACAAUAAAUGGUUAGUAUAAUAAAGACUGGUUAGUAUGAAGCAAA